AUGCCGAAAAAGACGAAAAAGCAAGAAAAAUCAAGUGUGCCUACAACCGCCAAAAAAGUCUUCUCUUCCAGCAAGCAAGUCAUUGAAGUGUUGAAAUCUGUGGCUGGCCUCGCACCACUCCCAUACCUGAAGGAUGCUCUCGAGGUCGUUCAACGCGUACUUCAGGCGUGCGAGGAUGUCACAACUAUCGAGCAGCGAGUGAAAGAACUCCAGGAUCGUAUAUGCGAUCUUCUGUUUGUUAUUCUCGAUUCUUCAACAGUUCACAAAGAUAGCAAAGAUGGAGUGCGCGAGGCUGCUGGAAAUAUGAAGGAGGAUAUUGAGCGUCUCAAAAGUAAUUUGGAGCAGAUUGCUCAAAACCUCAAGGAGAUCAAAGUCCAGAAGCGUUGGCAGCUGUUCGUUUUCAAGGACGCAAAUCAGUCAAAGCUCGACCAGUGUUUCGCCGACCUCACAGUCGGCUUGGAAAAGUUCAACCUCUCAAGCAACCUCCGCAGUUCUCAGACUCUUCAAGAAAUACAAGCCCGAUUGGACAAGAUGCAGGGUGUUGCGGAAGACAUCCGCGAAGGGGUUGAAGAGCUAAAAAUAGUCGUGGCUCGUCUUGGACAAUUAAAAGUCCAGCAGGCAGAAAAUGCCUUCAAGCGGCGGCCUAUACCGUUGAAGCCUCGGAUUUUCUACGGACGCGACGAUAUGGUCGAGGAAAUUAUUGGAUGGCUUCUGGUCGAGAAUACCAACAAUGCGCCAUAUGUUUGCAUCUUGGGACCUGGCGGGAUGGGAAAGACCUCACUAGCCCUUGCCGUGGCUAAUUCUCCCCUCAUCGAUGCCAAGUUUCACCAGACACGCCGUUUGUGGGUUCCCUGCGUCGAAGCCACGUCAUCGAACGCCUUCCUCCAGCUUCUUUAUGUGAACUUACGAACUACGAGAGAUACGAAGGACGCCCUUGCCGAUAUCCUCUUCGACCUCAGUUCCAGCGACGAACCUCGACUCAUCCUGCUCGACAACUUUGAAACGCCCUGGAACCUCGCAGACGGCUCGCAGACGGAAAUUAAUGAAAUCCUCUGCCGUUUAGCCAACCUCUGCCAUGUCGCACUCAUUGUGACGAUGCGCGGGACGAAUCCCCCCUCAGAAGACAUUGAGUGGAGGAUGGCAUACGUUCCACCCACCGAUCUCAAGGCCUCGCGCCUCAUAUGGUCCACAAUCAAUUCUAACUCCAAGGACAAUCCUCAAGAUGUCGACCGGCUCAUCGAGUCUCUGGGCCAGAUGCCUUUUGCAGUGACUUUGAUGGCCUCACUCGGGAAGGAAUCGAGGUUGCCUGCCUCUCAGCUGUUGACCGAGUGGGCUCGGGCAGAGGAACGGGAGAAGGCAUUCAAGAUCCUCGACCAAGUUGAUGACCCUUUGACUUCAAUUCGAAUCGUUCAAGGGCUCGCAGAAACCCACAUGCUUUUGGACCACGACAUUCUGGCAAUGCAGUACGCAAACCAAGCCUUGUCGAUCAGGCAACAGCACUUUGGUCGCACCCCUUCAAUGGCUAGCACCUUUGAGAUUAUGGGCCAGAUCUACAUUCGACGAGGGGAAUUUGAGGACGCACGCGGGGCCUAUGAGACCGUGCUUGACCUAUGGAGCGGUCUGGAUAUAGGCGACCCACAGCUGGAUGGGAGGAUUAACUACUGCAAGAACAUUCUGCAAUUGCUUGCAGAGAAAGAAGCAAAUCCAGACAAAACCAUUGGUUUCCCGCGGCUGUCACGUUGGGCAUACGCACCAGAUGGGCUGAGCAUUUUACUAUUUCCCCGAUCCGAUGAAGAAAAAAUAGAUCUAGAGGCAUAUACAUACCGUCGCACAGGAAGCUGA